ACUGAACACAAAUGUUAUACAAAAUAUUACAUGAAAAACUGACGCGAAGUCGUAAAUGUUACAAUUUUUGUUUUUUUUUCAUUACAAUUAUUUUAAUGUCAAGCUUAAAGUCAAGAAAAUACCUUAUAGGUUUAUGUUUUCUUUGCCAAGAAUGCUUAUAUUGUAGUAAAAACUGUAGUAAUAGAGGUUGUAGGUGCAGAAAUAAUAAAGAAGUAACUCCAGAACAUAAAAAAAGACAACCAAGAAAAUAUUAUUCACGCGCUUUUCAACCUAAAAACUCAAUUAAAUCAUACCAGUUAGAUGAAUUAAAACGCGCAAAUGAAGAUUAUGGAUAUAAAAUGGACUUUUCUAAAGAAUUUAAUUUUUCAUUGUGUACUAAAUGUCAUAAUAAGUAUAAUCGUUUAGGUAAAAAAGUAGAUAAAAAUCAAGAGGAAGAAAUUGAAAUUAUCAUGGAUGCAGAUGAUCCAUUUCCUCUUGAAAUUGCAGAUACAAGUACGUUACGAAAUAUUUCUCCAAGUCUUUCAUCAAUCAAUAUAUCUGGAACCGCAGAUACAAACACAUCACAGAAUUUUUCUUCAAGACCAUCAUCUGAACCAAAUGUGGAUUCUUUGGCAAGUGAACCUCUUUCAUUUGAAAUCAAAUUCAAACUAAUCCUCAAAUUUUCCGAUGGAAAAUGCUAUCCUGCUAAAUGGGAAUUUAUCACAGUAGAAGAUUUUUAUGAAUUUAAAAAUGGUUUGGAAAAUUUAAUUCAAUUACAACUUGAGGACCAAGUAAUUUUCCAAGAUGAUUAUAUUAUUUCAUAUAAGCAUGAAAAGGGAAGUGGUUUAGGAACACAAUUAGCAAGUACAAGAGACUGGG